GUUGGGGCCCCCGGCUGCAUAGUCCACAUUUCCCAGGCGCAUCAUCAGAGCUGACGUGGGCUCUACGUGUGCAGCGAGUCGGGCUUCCUCUGCACCAGUAACGAGUGACGAGACUCUACGUAAAAGUCGGGCCGAUCGCCAUGGAAACGGCAACCAUAGCGCAACAGGAAGCCAGCGCAACUGAGAAAGUAACAAGUGAGAUGAAUGAGGGUGUGUCUGUGGUGUCAUUACCUGAUGGACAGACACUGCAGGUGCAUGGAGUCAUUCAGACCACACAGCCCUCUGUUAUCCAGUCACCUCAGAUACAAACUGUGCAGGUAGCUGUUGAUACUGGUAGAUCGGGUACAACACCAUCAGAUCCUCAGAAGAGAAGAGAGAUUCUGUCCAGACGACCAUCUUACAGGAAGAUUCUUAAUGAGUUGUCAUCAGAUGUGCCUGCUGUGCCUAAGAUCGAGGAAGAGGAGAGAGUGGAGGAAGAAGCCCCGGUCACCUCCAGUUUUGCUACAGUGACAGCACCAUCAUCAAUCUACCAGACCAGCUCAGGGCAAUACAUUGCAAUCACUCAGGGUGGAGCGAUACAGCUGGCCGGCCCCGGAGGAGAGGCCCUGCAGGGGGUUCAGGCUCUGACUCUUCCCAGCCCCGCCACACCGCAGCCUGGGGCCACUAUCCUGCAGUACGGUGCCCAGCCUGGAGACCCCGGCCAACAGCUACUGCUCACCGCUGGACAGGUGCUCGUUCAGGCUGCCACAGGAGACAUGCCAGCAUAUCAGAUCCGCUCCCCGUCAUCAGGGUUACCACCAGGCGUCGUUAUGGCAGCGUCACCGGGGGCCAUGCACAGCCCACAGCAGAACACAGAGGAGGCCACACGCAAGAGAGAAGUUCGCCUGAUGAAGAACAGGGAGGCGGCGCGCGAGUGUCGCAAAAAGAAGAAAGAAUAUGUGAAGUGCUUGGAGAAUCGUGUCGCUGUGCUGGAAAACCAGAACAAGACUCUCAUAGAGGAGCUCAAAGCUCUUAAAGACAUCUACUGCCACAAACCAGAAUAACCCUCACAAACACUGCGCAAGGACUGUGUGAUUCACACACUACCUGUCUCUUCUCUUCUUCUGUUGCAUCGCCUGGAUUUUAGCGGGGUUUUUUUUGUUCGUUUGGCCAAAUGUUUUUAUAAGAUGUUGCUAAUGUUGCUUUGAGGAUGCUCCUCACAAACACACACACACACACACAUACAUUUUAAGAUGGGCGUAUUUUGAAAAAAACUGAACUCUUCAUUGAUUUGUGUGUAAAAAUAUGUAUUUUCCUUUUUUAGGUUGAAAUCAGAACAAGCAAAGGAAAUGGCAUAAGCAGCCAUGUUAAGUGGCUACACACUGCACACAUAAACAGCAUUUUUGGUGUUAAGGUCAUUUUUGGUAUGCACAGAAUUUAGCUGUAAAUAUAAAGAAAAUACACUGUAAACCCAUUUGAAGCAACUUAAAUUGAUGGAUUAAUAGCAGCGUCAAUCUAUUCAGUAAACCUGACUGACUCUACAAAGCUUACAUUUUGCAUUUAAAUUGGGUCCUUCAUGUAAAUUAGAUUUCAAUCAAGUUUGUACAUUUCAAUAUGAAUUUUGUAAUUUGUUCUUA